AAGAUCAGUUCCUUUACGUAAUCAAAUCACUCUUUUCAAUUCAUUGGUCUCCGAUCGAGAUCGAAAAUGGCGACAAACGAAGAGAAGAUUGGAAGAGAGCACGGAAAAGUAGACUCUGAAGCAGAGAAUUCCUCAGUCGAUGGAUCGAUUUGUGGCUUCGAAUCUCUCCAUAGCCUACUCCGGGCGUCCCUCAGCCCCCGAGCUUUCCAGGAAGUCAGCAGAAUGCUGUUGGGGCUGAAUUGCGGAAGAGCGGUUGAAACCAUUUCUCUCCCUGAGCAUGCCAAAGUUUUUUCAUCAAAACAUGAUUUUGAUCUACAGGCAUUCUGCUUCCAUGCUGACAAGGAAUUAUUAAGAGAACCUCGAAUAGUCAGGGUUGGUCUUAUUCAAAACUCUAUUGCUCUUCCAACAACUGCGCCCUUUUUGGACCAAAAGAGGGCCAUCUUUCAGAAAUUGAGUCCAAUUAUUGAUGCUGCAGGCGCUGCUGGAGUUAAUAUCUUAUGUUUGCAAGAGGCGUGGAUGAUGCCUUUUGCAUUCUGUACACGUGAGAAGAGAUGGUGUGAAUUUGCAGAGCCUGAUGAUGGAGAGUCAACACAAUUUCUCCAGGAUUUUGCAAGAAAGUAUAACAUGGUAAUAGUAAAUCCAAUUCUUGAGAGAGAUGUGAAACAUGGAGAGACUAUUUGGAACACUGCCGUGAUAAUUGGAAAUCACGGCAACAUUAUUGGCAAGCAUCGAAAGAACCAUAUACCUAGAGUUGGGGACUUCAAUGAGAGCACAUAUUAUAUGGAAGGAAACACUGGGCACCCUGUGUUUGAGACAACUUAUGGAAAGAUUGCCGUCAACAUUUGUUAUGGGAGGCACCAUCCUUUGAAUUGGUUGGCUUUUGGCUUGAAUGGCGCCGAGAUUGUCUUCAAUCCAUCUGCUACUGUUGGUGAACUCAGUGAACCAAUGUGGCCUAUCGAGGCUAGAAAUGCUGCGAUAGCGAAUAGUUACUUUGUCGGGUCAAUCAAUCGUGUUGGAACUGAGAUCUUCCCGAAUCCAUUCACAUCAGGCGAUGGAAAGCCUCAGCAUGCAGAUUUUGGGCAUUUCUACGGAUCCAGUCAUUUUUCAGCACCAGAUGCUUCGUGCACGCCCUCUCUCUCCCGUUACAGGGAGGGGCUGAUCAUAUCAGACAUGGAUCUCAACCUCUGCAGGCAGCUGAAAGACAAGUGGGGGUUUCGGAUGACUGCUCGGUAUGAGAUGUAUGCUGAGCUUCUUGCCCGGUAUAUUAAACCUGACUUUGAGCCCCAAGUCAUUUCUGAUCCCUUGUUGCAUAAGUAAACCAUCUGAUCUGAGGUUCCAUGUAUUUGAAACAAUGUGAAGCUGCUUUGGUCCAUUUCCAGUGUAGAAUAAACCUUUGUUGGUUGUGGUGAUGAAGAAUCCAUUAUCUGUGAGCUCAAUGUUAAUUACUUCAACCUUUCCUUAA